GCUAAGGGAGAUGGUACUACGGAUGGCGAGUCUGUGUAAGUGCUAAGGGAGAUGGUACUACGGAUGGCGAGAAGUUGGUAACACCAUCCGAGUUAGGGAUCGGGGAAAGGGGAGGAGAACAGUCCGCGAUAACAAUUGUUAUUCACUGGGAAAUGGCAUCACUCUUUAAGCCAAAGAGAGACAGACUAUGUUUAGAGCCAAGGGGAAUAACUGUACUUAUAAGAAAAAUAAAGCUGUGUUUAAUGUGAACUUACAAAACUGUUACUAACAAUAGUUGAUCCUAUUUUAUAUUCUUAAGGACAACACUAAAUUAUCCGUCUCGAUUUCUUAUUUGUAAGGAAUUCACUUAUGUGAAAUUUAUAUUUUAAAAACUUGAUGAUUAAUGAAAAGAUGAAAGUUUUUUAAAGAAUUUAAUUUACCAUAAAUGUUAGUUUGAACCCAAGACUACCAUUGUUUACCACUGCAUUAAAUAUACCAUGCCCGUAGGUUGUGUAUAGUGAUUCUAUAUGGCAGCUGUUAAAUGUAGAGCUAUUUUUUAAAAACACAUUUGAAAUGUUGUUAUCAGUUUUAGGAGUUCUGAAAUCUAAGGGGAUUGUUCAGACUUCAGAAGGACGGAAGACUUUAUCUCGACUCUACUAAAGACACCAGUGUCUACUAUCAGGUAGCCAGGUAGUGAGUACCCUGGAAUUCGUUGAAUGUGAUAACCGCCGUAUCGUUGCAGCUUUUAGACAGAAAGGGAGAGAUAGAGGCUACACUAGUCACGCAGCAGUUAUAAAAGUCUUGGUUUUCAAGUCAAGCUAGUUGAAAGCCCCCUCCCACCCUCAACCAUGUUGGACAUGUCCAGAAGAUGUUGAAUCGGUCAUUAGUUCUGUGCGAGUGGUCAGUUUCUUUUGGCUUGGAUAUACUUGCAGACUUCUUGAGACCAUGACGAUUGCAAUCUGGAGAAGGGACGAGCUGGAAAUGGUCGACAGAAAAUGACACAAUGCGUAUCACAGACGGAGGGCGCCCCAUCGUGACGUCACUACUCCUGCUCCUUCUGCUUCUGUAUGCUCCAGGAGAAGGCUGCGGCCCGGGGAGGGGCUCCGGAAGGCGCCGAAGACCCCGCAAGCUCACACCUUUAGUCUUCAAACAGCACGUACCGAACGUGAGCGAGAAUACACUUGGCGCCAGCGGGCUGACGGACGGUCGGAUCAAGCGAGGUGACGCCAGGUUCAAAUCCUUAGUUCGCAACAAUAACCCGGAUAUACUUUUUAAAGAUGAAGAGGGCAACGGAGUGGAUAGAAUCAUGUCACAGCGUUGUAAAGACAAAUUAAACACACUGGCCAUCUCAGUAUUAAAUCAAUGGCCCGGAGUCAAGCUGCGGGUCACGGAGGCCUGGGACGAAGAUGGAAUGCACGCGGAGAACUCACUGCAUUAUGAAGGUCGUGCUGUGGACAUAACCACGUCAGACAGAGAUCGCUCUAAGUACGGAAUGUUGGCCCGACUGGCUGUGGAGGCAGGAUUUGAUUGGGUGUAUUACGAGACCCGAGGUCAUAUCCACUGUUCCGUCAAAUCAGAUUCUUCAGUUGCCAUCAACUUUGGUGGCUGUUUCCCGCCCGCGAGUCACGUGGUGACCUCCACCGGGCAGACGAAGACAAUGGCGGAACUUGAAAUAGGAGACAAGGUGCUGAGCGUCAGCGGCGAAGGGAAAUUCGAAUUCAGCGAUGUCAUGGCCUUUUUAGACAGAGGUCCGGAGCAGAUCGCCAUGUACUACACGCUGACGACCGAAUCUGGCAGAAGCGUCUCUCUGACUCCGAAACACCUCAUCUACUACGCAGACCCCGACAAAGACAACUCGACGCUUGUCAUAGAUCAGCUGGGGCGUCGCACGCCUUUCUUGAACAUUACCCAAGAGCUACCUCGCGUGACUUUUGCGGAGGACGUUGUGGUCGGCCAGUAUAUCCUCCUUGCCAGAGGCGAUGGGCUGACAUCCGACCUCCAACAAUUACCUCACAGACAAUACCACUCCACGCAUGUCUCAGACGUGGAGGGUCUUACUUCCGUCGGCGUCGUGCUCGACAGAGUCGUGUCUAUCGAGAAGCGACCCAUACAGGGCGUUUACGCACCACUCACCACCCAUGGUACAAUCGUAGUGGACGGUUACAUCACUUCCUGCUACGCCUUCUUGCAGGAUGUCCACUUGGCGCAUGCGGUUUUCGCGCCUAUGAGAGCAUACCACGUGAUAAGACAAUACAUAAACGAUUGGCUGAAAUAUUUAGACCCUUGUUUUGAUUGGCUGCUCAUGACAUCUUCCUCCAUGACCCCAGCCAAUGAGACUGCGUCUCUAUUCGUACCAGAUGGUUCACAUUGGUACGCUAAACUGUUGUACAAUAUUGGUGUAUAUAUAAUUGGUAUGGACAUUUUCAUUACCAUGUGAAACUAAAUUAAAUACUUGUCAACAAUGAUUUUUAUGUAUUUAUAUAAUAUAAUAAUGAUAUAUCUAUCUUUUCAGAUGAAUACAAAUCAUUAAUGACAAUAGUUAAACUGCUGCGUAUCAAUAUUCGAACAUAUUGAUUUUACAAUGCCUUUACAAUAACAGCGUUUUUUUUAAAAGAACAAACUUAACAAUUUCAACCUACUGUAUUUUUAUUUACUACUAGUGUCAGUCGUUGUCAGCCUUUAUUGUGAGCAUUUUAUACUAAUAUAAGCAUAUAAUUUAAAAUAACAAAUAAGAGAUUUUUUUUUCCUUUUAUUGUAUGGUACAGUGAUCAGCCAAUACUAUGUGCGACUAAGUAUUGAAGCAUUGUUCUGAAAUGUUUGGUCCUAAUUCUCUAACAAAUAAACGUUCUCCGCCCAUGUUGGUCUAUUCAAUUUUCUAAACAUUUUAUGACAUGCAAACUAUCCGAAGAUAAAAUCUGAUAACUUUUAGAGCUAACUUUAGCAAGGAAAGGGGAGGGGGCGGGAUGUAUAUACGGACAUUUGGGCAAAUGCCCGUUGGGCCGGCACUCCAAUGGUUGAAAGGGUCUCUUGGAAUUGAAGUAUGACCCGUAAUCUAGUAAAAAAAAAUUACUAUUCUCAUAGAACUUCACACGAGUCACGACUGACCCUAACAUUACCAUUUAUACAAUGAUCUUUAACAGACUCUACGGUGCAACACUAACCUAACACGUUUUUCCGUAUAAAUUUAAAAGACUGUAUCCAAAUACCACUCUUGUGGUUAGCUUGAUUCCCUUAUAUAUAAAAUCUACUAAGUGAUUAACUAAUAACACAAGCCCAGUUCUGGAUUUACCUAACGGUUAGAGGCAAAAUGAGCUAUAGUUUAGGGCCCUCUUGCCUGUGGGUCCCCAGAAAUGGUUAUGGGGAAAUUUUUAAUCAGUUUGAAGAAAGAGAAAAGGAAAAAUCGCUUUACAAGGGGGGCCCCAUAUCUCCAAUAGCUUAGGGCCCUAUCAAGACUAAAUCCAGCAAGAAUAAAGCCUCUUAUAUCGUUAAGUCCUAGAAUUUACAUUAGUGUGAACUUCAAACUAAUUCCAGCACGCAUUGAAAUAUACCAACAAGUUAGGUAAACUCAGCCAGGCAUGAGUUAAAUUCUCGAUGCACUAUUGUGAGGUUAGGUACGAAUGGAUGCCCAUCAUUAUCGUCUGGCACGCAAUUUGAGGCCUGGAUCGUAUGGUAAUCCCAGCGCCCAUUUUGACACCCAGCCCGCCCGUGCCGUGAAGCCGCGAGAUCUCUUGAGAACUUGUGACAAAGAGGCUCUUUACCCCCUUUUCUUUUGUAAGACGACAAAACCUAACAUCUUUAAUUGGCUCAUAGAAUAAUAAAAUAUUUACCUAAUGCGACAACACUAAUUUGUUUGGGGUUAAGUUUUACAAUCAGGGCCGGAUUUAAGUAUGCGGAGGCCCUGCGACAAGAGUUUUGUUGAGGUCCCUACAAUUUUUCAAAAACUUUAAUUGUAAUAAAGAUCCAAUUAUGAAUGAAAAUAUUUAUCUCAAUCUUUUUUUUUAAAUAUUUAAUAUGCGUAUUUUAGUUUUAAAAAGUGUACCUUUUUCAGUUUGUGGAGGGAAAUGUCCUCGGUAAACGCACUGUCGUAAAUCAGCAGCUGUAUUUUCUUAUUCCUACAGGCGUACAUUUCUUUGUCACACAUUUUUUGCCGUAAAAAAUGUGAAAAAAAGGUUUACACUUUUAUCACAUUUAAAUGUUUCUAACCAGUCCCAAUUUGGAUAGAUUUUUUGUUAUCUUUUUUGUGGUGGCUCCUUUCUUGUGAAAUUCUCAGGGCUGUAAUCCAGCUUGCUCUCUCUUAAAUCCGGCCCUAAUUAUAAUUGAAGUUGAAUAUAUUCCGUGAGAUUAUGUCUCACUAUCUCUAAUCUCUAGAGAUUAGUUUCUGUAGAAGAAGAAAUGCAAUUAUUGGAUGUUAAUUUUUUACGAUCUGCUUUAUCACGUCCAACUGCUCAUUGAAAACAAAGAAGUAACUACAAAACUUUUGGUUCAGUGUUAAAGUUAUUUGGACAAAACGUUUCUGGGCAAGUUUAUGAGGGUAGCUAGGGACAAAACUGAAGUGCUAAAAUAUAAUAAAGAAAUCUUUUUUUUUUAAAUAUAUUUCUUUAAAACAUUAAUUAAUUACAACAUGUGUUUAUAUGAUUGUAAAUGUGUUCAGAAUUGUACAAGAAAUAAAGUUGAACUAUUUUUGAUAUAAACGGAACGUAAAGGGCAGUGUUGGUCACUACUCUAUUCACAUGACUAUUAUGACUGUUGUAUAGACAUUCGUUUUGCGUUAUUGUACACCUCAUUAAUUUAGAAACAACAUUCACCAUUUAAGUCUUUCGCAUUUUUUUAAAAUUCAUUUUACAACAAUGUCAUGGAAUUUUUUCUUUCUGUUUUCAUUGAAUCUUUUUUUUUUAAUGUUUAACAUGAAUAUAAUUUUUGAAAAUGUAUUAAGCUUUUUUUUUUCAUCUAUUUUUUUUUUUUGGAAUAAUAAGAGUUAAAUUAUAAUUUUGUUUCAAACAAUAAGUAAUAGAAGUAUAACACAUGGAUACAUUGCAUCAAUUACACUUAUGUUGUUUUGUAACAGUAACUCAUGUAAUAGUUUAGAAAGUUUAGCUUGCCCUUCAUUGCUAUCUCAUUUCCAUACUACGUUUUACAAAGCUUAUAUCAACUCUUGUCUGUCUGGUAAAAAGUUUCUAAACGAUAUUUUUCCGACACUCAAUCUCGAAUCAAGCUGAAAUUUUGCACUACUAUUUCUUUUACCUGGCAACAAAAGAUGCAAUAACCCAAUUAGUUAAUUAACUAUUGCAAUUAAUUUAUAAUUUUGUUUGGUAUCUCGAACAAGGGAAAGAAAUUGUACUUAACAGAAGAGAUACUAUAAGCUGAAUUAGCCCCAUUUAUAGGUAGGUAACUGGUUUAAGUAAGUUUGAAAUAAACAAUAGAUAAGUAUAAAAUCUUCUAUUUUCAUAUCACCUCACUAGCAGAGUGGUUAGAAUGUAGGUUUGAGGUGGCAUAAGCCAUAAUUUCGAAUUUAUGUCGUUCCAUCCCCCCUUUUUUUAACAAUGCUUUUAAAAAAGUGAUGACGGUAAAGAUUCACCCAGACAUCCUUCAUCCUCCCCCCACGCCUAUUUUCGCAACUCGUCUAGUUAAGUGAUUGGAUCAUAUAGAGAAAGCUAAAAGCAUGAAAUAGAGCUAAAUAAAAAACAAUUGGUAAAAAUAUUUCUAAUCGUACAGAUGUAUUGCUGUUGGUCUAGAUCUAUUACACAUUUAAUUGCGUGACUUGUUUAAACUAAUGGAUACAAUUACACUUAGCAUAAGCUUUGUUCAUUUUUUUUUUAAAGUAUUUUUAAAAAAAUGUUUUUCUUGUUAGACUACAUCUACCACACACUACCACAAGACUACUCUAGGACCACACACUACCACAAGACUACUCUAGGACGGCUGUGUUUCCACUGUACAGUGUUUGUUCCUUUUAUUUUUUAUUGACGAUUUUUAAAUUGUGUGUUAGCUUGAGCAGACGCCAAUGAUUCUGUUGACUAUUUUCGCCUGGUAUAAUUUCAUACCAGUUUCCGUUUCUCUUCCUGUUUGUAAUUAUUAUUAUCAGGCCUAUAAUUAUUAUUAUUAUUACUGUUAUGUUUAAUUUAUCAUUUUCUGUGCUAAUCAAUUCUUUAAAAAAUAUUUGAAUAAGUACACAAAAAGCAUUUAAUAUUUUGGUCAGUUCAAAAAAUGCCAUAUCUAAAUCUUGCCAUGAGUUGGAUUUUUUUUCGUGAAGAAGUGACAAGGAAAACAUAUAUAGGCAAGCUUGGUUUGAAAACGAGGCACUUGACUAAAACAAACAGAAUUAAUCAGGCAUAGAGGUAGCACACGUUAUCACGUUCACUUAAAAGAUAGACACUUAAUUAACUAGACAUUUAAUUGUCCACUGUUGUAGCCUGUUGUAUGCUACCAUUUACAAUAGUCGUAUGCAGAUAAUUGUUAAUUUACAGAUUUAUGGUUUUUAUUGUCAGAAAUACAUUUUGAUACAAUUAUUAUUAAAAUUGUUUUUAAAUACAAAAUUUGUGAAAAUGAAAAAAAAAAGAUUUAAACAAGAAUGCAAAAGAUCUUCAAACUUUGACCUCUGAGUUCACUCUUGGGAAAUGUGAAAGGUUUAAAUUUAGUUUUCAUAACUUUUGUUUUUAUUUUAUGUACUCAUUACCUCCCUUCUCCUCACACACAAGAUAUAUAUAUAUAUAUAUAUAUAUAUAUAUAUAUAUAUAUAUAUAUAUAUAUAUAUAUAUAUAUAUAUAUAUAUAUAUAUAUAUAUAUAAGUCUCUGAAACCUGUCAGACAACAAAACAUUUUGUGAUCACUAUAAGUGGCGGUAUACUUCAAAGCCUUUUAUUCAAACGCUUAAAAGUGGUCAAAUGUGUUAAUUAGCUAUUAAAAACGCCUUUGACCCCCCUCCCCUAAAUCAAUUUACCGUACUAUAAGUGGCCAGUAUAAUGCCAGAGAAAAAAAAAAGAUAAUGCGUGAGUCUUUGAGGCCAAAGAGUUACUGCAUAAAACGAGUCAGAGUGUAAGGAAUAGCUUGUACAUAUCGUAAAACUAUUACAAUAUUGGCACAUUUCGUUUUAUUUUUUAAAUUUUUGUUGUUCUAUUUUGACCAUUUGUUAUUCUCUAUUUAUUAGUCUUUUAAAAACUCGAUUUCUUUUAUUAAUAAAUCUUAGUCAAUGCGGUCUUUAUUUUACUGUAAUAAAUUGUAGAAUUGUAUUAAAAUCCUUUUAAGAUGUUCCAAUUCGUUUAGUGUGAGUGUUCUUUACUCUCCAUGGAUACACAUUAAUAAGUGUUCCGUUGUUAGAAUAGAAGUUCAGUCGGUAGCACGCGGAAUGCUUGUUGAAGAACUUUGUGUUACUUUCUAUGUCGAUCAAGUGACACGAAAAGUUUCUGGAGUUCAAAAGUUUAGGAAGUAUAGUGUGGGUAGUUCAAUGGUCAGUCUUGUGUACUGUCCAAAAUUUGGAGAUGAAUUUUGACGUGAUGAGAGAGUAAUGUUUUCAGUGACGUUGUAAUCCUAGGUUCAUGUUGUCACUUGCAUUGCAGGCCAGAAGUCAGUGGCUUUGGAGAUUAGGGGCCGUGUUGCCAGUCACAUUGAAGGCCAGAAGUCAGUGGCUUUGGAGAUUAGCGGCCGUGUUGCCAGUCACAUUGAAGGCCAGAAGUCAGUGGCUUUGGAGAUUAGCGGCCGUGUUGCCAGUGACAUUGAAGGCCAAGGGCCAUAAUGUUAGUGGCAUUGCUGGCCAGAGUCUAUGAUGUCAGCGGCUUAGGAGAUCAGGGGUCAUGAUGUCAAUGGCAUUGCUGCCCAAGGGUCGUGCUAUCACUUGCAUUGCUGGCCAGAGUUCAGUGGCUUUGGAGGUUAGGGGCCAUGUUGUCAGUGACAUUGCAGACCAAGGUCAAUGAUGUCAGUGGCUUAGGAGAUCAGAGGUUCUGAUGUAGUGACAUUGCAGACCAAGGGCUAUGGUGUCAGUGGAUUUGGAGAUCUAAGGUCAUGUUGUGAGUGACAUUGAAGGCCAAGGGUAAUAUUGUUACUGGUAUUGUAGGCCAGGGACCAUGAUGUUAAUGGCUUUGGAGAUCAGGGGUAAUGUUGUCAGUGACAUUGCAGGCCAAGGACCAUGAUAACAGUGGCAUUGGAGAUCAGGGACAAUGUUGUGAGUGGCUUUGCGGGUCAGUGGUAUUGCAGACUUAGAGCGAUGGCAUUACAAAGCAGUGGAAUCGCAGGUCAGAGGCAAUAUUGAAGCAACAUUGCAGGAAUAGGGGAACGUUACCAGAAGCUUUGCAGUCAACGAUAAUAAUAAUAAUAAAAAGAUUACGAAUUUUUCUAUUAUACUUACACAGAAUUUAUGACGACUAACGGUGUGAUUUGCAAUCUAGAAGAAAUUAUUUGCUUUGUAAGAAUGCAACUUUAAUAUUAAUUGCUACUUUUCUUUAUCUCACGGAACGGUGUUACCCAACCUAUAGAAAGUACGGGAUAAUUUAAUAUCAUUGUUUUUACCCUAUAAUCUGAGGAAUUCUUGUAUUUUUAAAUAGGUUAAUCGCGGUCUUACUAUUGAAUUACAAGUCGUACCUAUAUAUGUAUGUAUUUAACUGUGGCGAUCAUAAUUGGCCUUAAAAUUUGAGGUUUCUGGAUUUAAUCAGGAUACGAUUGUGCGAUUUGCAUGUUUCCUCUUAUUGGCUACCUCGAUACUGUCAAUAGUUUGCUAUAGCUAAUAAUAAUAUUAAUGAUGAAUAGAUUGUAUUUCAUUACAGAUGUCUGUGCUAUAAACGAAAUAUUGACAACAUAUUGAUUUGUAUACAAUAUGGAACAAUGCGUGUUGAACAUCUGAUUGAUUUCCUUUACCAUGUCUUCUGUUUGGACACGACAGAAGAAACAAUUUAAUUGCGUCUAUAUUUUCUUUAUUUUUAUUUCUGUGUUUGUACUAGGAGAUGACUUUGGUUCUAUUUAUAAUACAAUUGCUACAAAUGUCUCUUACAGUAUCACAAUGCUAACCACUUUCAUUUCUUAAUGAUUAGAUUUUUCUGCGGAGCUUGUUACAAAAAAAAAUAUCUUGUUUUACAUUUGUGGCUUAGACUUAAACAUAGAAUUGUUUUAAUUUUUUGAUUAAUGUUUAAUUUUUUAAUUUCUUGCUUAUUUAUUCUGUAAAGUUAAUAAAAAUUCAUUGAUUUAUUUCAAAAAAAA